AUGGACUCAUACACAGUGACCUCGACUCCGGUCCAAAGUCAACCUUCGUUUGCAUAUUAUCCCGACUCAACAUCACAGGGCCACUACACCAGCCAGCCACAAGACGUCCCCUACUAUGGACAGAUGCAGUAUCCCGGCCAGCAAUGCGAGCAGCCCAUCUACUCGGCCCAGCCCGUCAUGAACAUGCACCAGAUGGCCACCACCAACGCCUUCCGCGGUGCUGCCAUGAGCAUGACUCCCAUUGCCUCGCCUCAACCAUCCCAGAUGAAGCCCGCCAUCUUUGUGCAGCAAGGCUCUCCAGCGUUGAUGCCUAUCGACACUCGCUUCAUUAAUGCUGACCUGUACGCUUUCCCUUCAACGCCGCCUUUGUCUUCGUCGGGAAGCUCCAUCAGUAGCCCCCCGUCUGCCAACGGCACUCUGCACACGCCAAUCAACGACGGCUUCUUCGCCUUUGAGAAGGUCGAAGGCGUCAAGGAAGGCUGCGAGACGGACGUGCACACCGAGAUCCUGGCCAACCCGGACUGGUCUCGCUGCGACUCCCCACCUAUGACACCUGUGUUCAUCCACCCGCCGUCACUCACCGCCAGCCACACGUCGGAUCUCCUUUCUGCGACCUCCUGCCCCUCGCUUUCCCCCUCACCAUCUCCAGUGCCCUCCGAGUUCCUCGCUCAUUCUCAGGCUUUGACCGCCGAGUCCGUUAGCUCCGUUGGUUCGGACUUCUGCGACCCCCGCCAGCUGACCGUCGAGCCCUCCGUCAAUGUUCACACUCCCCAGGAUCUCCCUCCUCUGCCAACCCUCACAUGUGACGAGGAGGCCCCUCGCGCGGUUCUGGGCAGUGCGUCUGUGACCCUGCCCGUGAAUGAGAACCCUUCUCCUUCUUUCACCGCUUCAACCCAGGAUCCUCUGAGCUCCUUGCCCACUUUCGACAGCUUCUCUGACCUCGACUCCGACGAUGAGCUGAACCGCCUGGUUGAGUUCCACCCGGGCGCCAACGCCGUCUACCUCGGUGGCAAGCGCCAGCGUGUGAACCAGUACAUUGUCGAAGAUGAUGGAUUCUUGAGUGAGCACAGCCUGGAGGACGCGGACGACCACGAGGGUUUCCUGCACGACGGCCUUCCCUCAUUCGAGUGGACCGAGUCGACCCAGCCCCAAAUGGAGGAGACCGAGGAUAUCGCCCAGGAGGAGGAGGAGAUCAAGUCCAAGAAGCGCAGCAGCCGCAAGUCUUCGCGGAAGAACUCCAAUGUGGAAAUGGAGGAUGAGCCCGUCAAGAAGAUUGCCGUGGCUCACUCCGAAUGCAGUGCUCCAUCUGUAGGCUCCCCCUGCACCGACUCCGAGCCCGCUCCCGUCUCCGUUAACCGUCGCGGCCGUAAGCAGUCGCUGACGGAUGACCCGUCCAAGACCUUCGUCUGCACCCUGUGCUCCCGCCGCUUCCGUCGCCAGGAGCACCUCAAGCGUCACUACCGCUCCCUGCACACCCAGGAUAAGCCCUUCGAGUGCAACGAGUGCGGCAAGAAGUUCUCCCGCAGCGACAACCUCGCCCAACACGCCCGUACCCACGGCGGUGGUUCCAUCGUCAUGGGUGUCCUGGAUGCCAGUGAGGCUGGGAUGUCGUUCGAUGAUCAGCACGACGCCGGUGCCCUUGGCCAGGUGAUGUACGAGGCUGCUCAGUCUGCCGAAGUCGAAGACUCCCCUGCCUCCGACCGUCGGGCGGCGAAGAAGCGCAAGCGUGACUUGGCCUAA